AUCCUUUAUUUCUUCGAUCUUUCUGAUCACUUUCUUUCACGUAACUGAAAGAAGAGAAGCAGAGAAGAAGAAGACGCACUCAACAGUAACGCGCCGGAAGGACACAUGGAUCCUUGUCCGUUCGUGCGACUUCUCGUUGGAAACCUUGCUCUUAAGAUUCCGGUGGCUUCGAAGCCUGCUCGUUCCGUUAUCCAUCCGGCGUCUUCUCCAUGUUUUUGCAAGAUCAGGCUUCAGAAUUUCCCUCUUCAGACUUCGAUCGUGCCUUUGAUUACGUUAGAGAGUCAGUUUCCUGAUGGUCAAGCUCAAACCUUAGCAGCAAGUUUUCACUUGUGUAAAGCCGAUCUAGAGAAGCUUGCUACGAAGUCUUUAUUUGCUGCCAAGCCUUGCCUUGAGAUUGCUAUCUAUACUGGUCGUAGCGGAACCACUUGUGGUGUCACCUCUGGGAGACUGUUGGGAAGGAUUACGGUGCCUUUGGAUCUGGAAGGAACUGAGUCUAGGCCUUGUGUUUUUCAUAAUGGUUGGAUUUCGAUUGGUAAGAAUGCUAAGGGUUCGUCUGCUCGUUUGCACUUGAAUGUGAGAGCUGAGCCUGAUCCGAGGUUCGUGUUUGAGUUUGACGGCGAACCGGAGUGCAGUCCUCAAGUGUUUCAGAUCCAGGGGUAUAUUCGACAGCCUGUUUUUUCUUGCAAGUUCAGUUUCAGAAAUUCCGGAGACCGGAACCAGAGAUCCAGAUCAUCGUUGCCAGACGCGGGCAGUUCAAGGGGAUGGUUGAGCUCGCUAGGAAGCGAGAGGGAGAGAAGUGGGAAAGAGCGAAAGGGAUGGUCGAUCACAGUCCACGACCUCUCUGGCUCUCCAGUGGCGGCAGCAUCGAUGGUGACACCAUUCGUCGCAUCACCGGGUUCGGACCGAGUUAGCCGAACCAACCCAGGGGCUUGGCUGAUUCUUCGCCCUGGUGAUGGUACCUGGAAGCCCUGGGGCCGUCUGGAGGCUUGGCGUGAGCGGGGCGGCAGCGAUGGCCUUGGCUACCGCUUCGAGCUUCUCCCUGACACCAAUGGUGGAAUGAACACGGCAGGCAUUGUGUUGGCCGAGUCUACGCUGAGUACCAACAAAGGUGGGAAAUUCCUGAUAGACAUGAGUGCAAAUGGGCGGUCCACACCAUCUAGUAGCCCAACAAGCAGCGGUGAUUUUGGAUAUGGUUUAUGGCCGUAUUGUAUGUACAGAGGGUUCGUGAUGUCGUCGAGAGUGGAAGGGGAAGGAAAAUGCAGUAAACCCGCUGUGGAAGUGAGUGUGCAGCACGUGAGCUGCACUGAAGAUGCGGCUGCGUUUGUGGCUUUGGCUGCUGCCAUUGAUCUCAGCAUGGACGCUUGCAGGCUAUUUUCUCAGAAACUAAGGAAGGAAAUGUGCCAACAAAAGGAUUUGAUGGGCUAAUUUGGAUUAGGUUCUUCGUCGUCUUCUAAUGUUUUUUCUUCCUUCGACUUCGUUUCUUUCCCUGUGUUUUUGUUAGUGGGGUUGGCCGUAAAUUUUGUUUCGUCGCUACUAACCUAACAACAGUGUAGUGUGUAGUUGUUUUAUUUUCCUCUUUUUCCUGAUCUGAAACUGUACAGAAAGUA